UCCCAAGGCCAGAAUAUGACGCCAGUGGCUCAUAGCUCCAUUAAAGAGGGCAAAGUGCACCACUUCCCUUCCCCCGCCCAGACCUGGGGACUCCUAUACCCAGCGCCAGGAAGCUCAAACUCUGGCAUCGACUCAGAUCUUCCGUACAGCAUGGCAGCCGCCGAAGACGUCGCCCACGCCAGUGACUGCCGUACAACAUGGCCUCCUACGGAGAGCGCACCACACCUCCUUCCGGCCGGUCGCCGGAAGUUUCCCUUUGAAACCCAGGCGGCGGACGCGGUCGGUGGUACGGCAGUUAUUGCCGAGCAUCUUUUGAACCAGAGCGACGAGGCGUGCGGGCAGGAGCAGCAGGCACCUGGGCCCCAGCCGUGCCGCCUCGUUACGAUGACCAGCGUGGUUAAGACAGUGUACACCCUGCAGCCCUCCGGUGUGCUGAGCAGCGGUCUGCCCGCAGAUGCACAAACUCGAGCCACUUUUAAGAGCCAGUUACCUGUUAAGUCCAAAGAAGUUGAUAUUUCCAGACCUCAUUCAGGAGCUUCAGAGAAUGAUGUUACAAAAAUCAUCAAACCAAGACGAGAGAAUGGGCAGGUGAAGGCUACAGACACCUCCAGGAGGAACCUCAGGAAGAGCUACAAACCAUUGAGUAAACAGAAAUCGGAAGAAGAGCUCAAGGAUAAGAACCAGCUCUUAGAGGCUGUCAACAAGCAGUUGCACCAGAAAUUGAUUGAAACUCAGGGAGAGCUGAAGGACCUGACUCAAAAAGUAGAGCUGCUGGAGAAGUUUCAGGACAACUGUUUGGCAAUUUUAGAAAGCAAAGGCCUCAACCCAGGCAGUGAGACCCUGGCGUCACAGCAAGACUCCACCGCAGAUCACGAGGACUCCAUGCUGCUGUUACAAACUUUGCAAGAUGAACUGAAGCUUUUUAACGAAACAGCCAAAAAGCAGAUGGAGGAGUUACAGGCUUUAAAGGUAAAGUUGAAGAUGAAAGAAGAAGAGAGAGCCCAGUUCCUUGAACAACAGACCUUAUGUAGCAGUCAAGUAAAUGAUUUCACAACAGCCCUUGAGGAAAUGGAGCAGCUAUUAGAAAUAUGAUAAAAGCAGGUGGCCACAUGGCUCUCUCUUGGAGAUAGACUCUCAGAGGAAGCUACCUAGGACAUCUGCUUCUUGGCCAUGAUCUUCUAGGACUCACCAUCCCCAGAAUGAAAACAGUUUCUGCAGUAGGAUUAAAGAUAGUUGAUGUUGGAAUGGCAAUUCCUCCCUUAAGCAAGCAUUUGUUCCCAGCCUUCAGAUUGUCCAGCUCUCCUGAACCUCACAGUUCAUAAUUAGGGCCUACAGGAGAGGAGGCCUGAAAGCUUGGAUCAGCCUCCUAGGAUCAAAAAGCAGCAUAUCAUUAGCAUCAGGAGACUCUAAACCAGCCACAACCAGAGAAGCCAAAAGAUGUGCAGGAAGAAACAGUGAAGCAUACAUGCCCCAUGGGAGACAUCACUGAAGAGUCACGUGGUCCCUUCCUAACUUGGAACACAUUCUGUCCCAUCCUGUCUGGGCUCUGUAACCUCACUGUAAAUUUAUGAACUGAAAGUUACCUGAAGUGGCUUAAUAAGAGGGUGAAGGUAUAGAUAGCAAUAACAGGUAUGAAACAAUACACCUUGGAGCUUUUAAUCUAAAUCAUUUCUGUGUUGUUUUUUUUUUAUAAAGUGUUACUUUAAAUAAAUAUUUCUGUAACUAUUCAGACUGCA